CCACCCUCCCCCCAGACAACGCUUACGCGAGAUUGGGUUUUAGUCCGAAAUCGGAUUUAUAAUGGCAUUCCAAAUGGAACCGACAGUUGGCUACGACUCGUCGGUUCCAGUGUUAUCAGCGGCCAACGCUGCCGCCGUCAGUAAAGUAGUGGUGGAUCCCCUGGGCCGUGGAGAAGGGGAGGCGAAAAGGGCAGAGAUACGGAAUCUCUCCUCGCUGGGUCCUGACGAAUAAGAAGAGGCAGCAGGGGGUAGGUUUCUCCCCGCUGCAACGAAGACCCGCGACGUGGGAGGGUUUGAGACCUGGUACGGAUGUUCCUAUGUGUUUACUCCGGAUGCUCGGCGAGAAAGAGGAUAACAUGCCGUAUUGCAGGUAUGUACCCUAGGCUGCAAGGUUCGUAUCUCGGUAGCGAGGCAGAUUGGUACGUCCGGGUAUCGGCAUUUCAAAGUUGUGCAUAACGCAGACAGGAUGGGUGAGGAAUUCCGCUGUGAUCAGCCCUGGUUAUCUCCGG